AUGCUCACAAGGCUUGCAAUUCCCGCGCCCAAGAUUAAGAUAAAUUCCAAAGGUGAGUUGAACCGACCCGCACCAUUCGACGACUGCGACGGGGAGGCUGCCAGGCCAGUGGAAGUCCCAGAGGUGAUCGGGGAAUUUGCGGUCGAGGUCAUGGAACUACUUGCACUGCUUGUCGAUAUCGACGUCACAGAAGCACCUGAAGACGCGGGAGUUGUUGCAGGAGGCAUGGUCGAUUGGGUUGGUAUCGCCACAGUGCUGAACAAAGGGUUGGAUGUCGAUGUAAUAACAGUUGCCUCAGGCCCAAUCUGUUGUUUGCGACAAGUAAGCGUCGUUCUUUAG